ACGAAGAACCGUGUCAACGUAUCGAAGGUAAAAAGCAUGAAGCAACAACAGAAGCCGGGCACCGUAGAUCCAACUUGUGCACUACGUAGCGUUCGCUCGCACGAAUCAAAUUCCAAAUUAUCAAAUCAAAGCUCUUACAGUUAUCGGCGUAAUAAGCGUCAGACAUUCACAAGGAGUAGUAGCACAUGUAAAGUCCCGCUACCCGGCUGCAAUACUAGUAAACGAGAAACCUACAAGUCCUUAGAGUCCCUCUUCGACCUUAAUAAAGUCUUCCACUUAAGUGUUGAUAAUUUAUCCAUUGUCCAACCACCAUAUGAAGAAAAAACAGAAGAUUCUUCGGGCAAUUGUGCAUCAGAAUGUUCAUUUAGACAGCCUAAAGAUUGUGUAAAGCAGCAGUUAAAGCCAACGUUUCAGGAGAUUGAAUCACGGGCCGACCAAAUAAGCGAUUCGAAUGAAGAAACCAAAUUGAAAUUCGAUAAAUUCGAGAAAAUCGAAGAUAUACCAAUCUUAUCUGAAAUCGAAGAAGACAAUACGUCGAUCAUAAUGAUGGAAAAUUUAGAGUCGCCGUACGAUAAGAAACAUGAAAAUGAAAAUGAAAGCGACGAUUUUGAAUGCUGUUCACCGUGCUAUAAUAAGGAAUAUAGUGAAAAUUCCAACGAUGAGAAAUCAAUUUAUGCUCCAGAUUACCCGCUAUCUCACGAAGCCGGGAAAGAGAUGUCGGUAAAGGAAUGUGGGAAUAGUGAUUCGAUGGCAAGUCAGGUUCCCGUAUCCGAGUCCUGCGUCAUUGAAGACAUGAUAAUAGCCGACGAUAGAGCGAAAGUUAUUCGAUUAGAAAUAUCGGGUUUAAAAAGAAUUAUAUGUGAAUUGCAUCAGAAAUGUAAAUUGACGGAGGAAGAUACGGUCGUCUUAAAGAAUGCACAGACAUCCGUAUUGGAGAAGAUUGGUGAACUUAAUGAAAUAACGCGCAAAAUGCAAUGCACUAUUGGACUUGUCGAUCCAUCCGACCAGACUCUUACCAAAAUGUUCCAAAUGCUUCCUUAUCCACAUACAAUGGAUCAGGAGAAAUGUAAGCCAGAAAAAGUCAAAUGUAACGAGGAAAUUCUCGAAACACCCCCAGAAUGCUCUGAAAAAUUUGCCUUUCCUCAAGUGCAAUAUCCCGAGGACAACUUGCCAAGAGUAAUCGUUUGCGGUAAUACGGAGGAAAAUUUCCCGAAAAUAGUGGUUGCCGACAGUAGACCAAGAAGUCAAGGAAAUAAAUGUUUGCAAAAUCUGACGGGAAAAUUAACGGAAUCUCUCUCUAUGCAAGAGAAACUGAGCAAAGUCAAUGCCGAAUUGGAAACUGGAAAGUCCAUGCUCGAGAAACAGUUAAUGGAAAAAGACAACGCCUUGGACUGCAUCCAGCGGAAGAUUUGCGGCCUCCAGGCGGAGAUGCGCAUGAUCGCCAAGGAGAAUUUCGAAUUGAACGAGAAGGUCGCCUGCUUACAGAAGAGGUCACCCUGCCCGCCGCCGCCUUGCCCGCCGUCUCCCUGUCCGCUGCCUUGUCCCCCACCAAAGCCCGUCUGCCCUCCGCCAAAGCCCGCCUGUCCUCCGCCAAAGCCCGCCUGUCCUCCGCCAAAGCCCGCCUGUCUCCGCCAAAGCCCGCCUGUCAAGCCCGCCUGUCCUCCGCCAAAGCCCGCCUGUCCUCCGCCAAAGCCCGCCUGUCCUCCGCCAAAGCCCGCCUGUCCAUCACCAAAGCCCGCCUUUCCGGUAAUGGGUUACAAUUCGCCACGCACUCCCAGUCCAAAUUCCAAUAAGUUCUCCAACCAGAACGACUUGUGCAGCUGCGGCAACGAUCAUUCAAAUACUAACGCUAUUAAGAACUGCAAUCACAAAUCGUCGCGACUCGGUGGUGGAGCUUCGAGAAGCAACGAUUGUUGCCCGUCGAGUCACAAGGAGGCACAGCAAAGGGACGGUACCGGGAACAAUUGCCCGAAUUCAGCACCUAAUCGUGUACAAAGGCCUUGUCCCGCCGAAAUGGAAAAAAAUUCCAAAAAUCUCGGCGAUCAACUCUCGUGCAUCGAAAAUGAAGUUAACGAAUUAACUCACCAGAUGAUCAAUAGGCAACAGGAACAGCAACAAUUGGAUAUGCAGCGAAAAUUAGCCGAAAACGUUGGACCAUCGAUACAGUUUUGCUGUCCGAAAUCAUUGACGCCGACACAUUCACCGCCACAGGAUCCAAAUUCUUGUGCGGCCCAGCAGUUGCGCGAUCUCCGAGAGCAGUACGCCCGCCUCCAGGAUGACUAUAAGAAUAAACUGUGCGAGGUAUCACGGCUACGUUGUGAUUCCGAGGUCCUAAGACGUGAGACACGCGAAGCCAAGGAGGAGCGCGAACGCAUCGAAAUUAAGCUCGUCGACGUCCAGGAACGUCUGCGGGUUACCGAGUGCGAGCGUAACGAACUCCUCGGUAGUAAAGAGCAGCUGAUAGAGCAGGAGCAGGCGCUUCUCGUCGCUCGUCAGCGCUUCCGAGAAGCUCAGGAUGAGCUUGAGGAAUUGCGAUCUAUGAUCCGUGACCAAGCGGCACAACUCGAUGACUACAGAAAUAAGUACCUGCAGGCGCAACAGCAAGUGGAAGAACAGAAGCACCAAAUGGACCUGAUGGAAAUGGAUAACGCGCGAAUGAACGAGAACGUCACCUUGGAAAUUAAUCGUGUGAAGAACCAGUUCCAAGAGAAGCUCGCUGAACUCGCUCCGCUUUCCGACAUUUUGAAGCAAACGCAGAUAAAACUGCAGGAAAACCAACAGCUGCGUAUGGCGGUGGAGCACAACUGCGAAGACUUGUCGCGCGAGCUCCUCGGCGCCAAAGAGAAAAUCGAUUGCAUGCAAAACCAAAUAAACGAGCUCCAGCGCGAGAUACAGUCUUUACAAGACGAUAAGAGCGAGAGCUGCAUGCUUAUCGAGGAGCUGGAGAAGAAGAACGGCGAGAUGAGGAACGAGAACGAGCGCAUGAAGAACACCGUAUGCCGUUUGGAAGAGCAGUUUACUUGUACCCAGAAGCGCCUCGACGAGAAGCAGCACGAGAUUGUGCAGCUGAACGCCAUGCUAGAGCAGAUACGGGAGGACUCUGCAAGACAAGUGGCAAGAACGAAAGAAAGGAGCGAGGCUGUAAAGAAAAGUUUGCAGGCUGAAAUCAGUGAGUUUGAGAUACAAUUGGCAAUGUGUAGAGCCGCAGCUAAAACGGCGCAAAAGGAGAGGGACGAGAUAAGGCAGAAGAUGCAGGGACAGAUAUGCAAUUUGAACGAAACAUUGCAGCAAGCCCAAGGACGAAUAAGGUCAUUGCAGGGUCACGUUGAUUACUUGAAGGUUUCAUACAGUAAUAUCUUUACUAAUCAGGGUCAGUGCGAUAAUCCACCAGUAUUGCCCCAAGCUGAACAAACCAAUACGGGCUACGAUGCUUGCGAUUGUAGUUAUUAACAUGUCGAAAAAC